AUGUUUAUCUAUCUAUCUAUCUAUCUAUCUAUCUAUCUAUCUAUCUAUCUAUCUACAGACAUUCAUUUGUCUCUCUCCUCUCUCUCUCUCUCUGCUAUCUAUCUGAACAGACAAUUUGUAUCCUCAGUCAGUCCAUGUUUAUCUCAUCUAUCUAUCUAUCUAUCUAUCUAUCUAUCUAUCUAUCUAUCUAACAGACAUUCAUUUUCAGUCCAUGUUUAUCUAUCUAUCUAUCUAUCUAUCUAUCUAUCUAUCUAUAACAGACAUUCAUUUGUCUCUCUCCCUCUCUCUCUCUCUCUGCCUAGUGAACGUAAUGUAUCCUCAGUCAGUCCAUGUUUAUCUAUCUAUCUAUCUAUCUAUCUAUCUAUCUAUCUAUCUAUAACAGACAUUCAUUUGUCUCUCUCCCUCUCUCUCUCUCUGCCUAGUGAACGUAAUGUAUCCUCAGUCAGUCAUGUUUAUGUUUAUCUAUCUAUCUCUAUCUAUCUAUCUAUCUAUCUAUAA